AACUUCAGUGUCAUAGUCAUGUAGUUUGCAACAGUACAGGCAGUCCUCAAUUUACAACUAUUCAUUUAGUAACUCUGAAAUUAACGGCAUUGAAAAAAGUGACUUAUGACCAGUCCUUGCACUUAUGACCAUUGUAGCAUCCCCAUGGUCACAUGAUCUAAAUACAGAAGCUUAGCAUCUGGUGUGUAUUUAUGAUAGUUGCAGCACCAUAGGAUUAUAUGAUUGACACUUGCAAACUUGUGAGCCAACUUCAAAGUUAGUGAGGAAAGACAGAUUUGCUUAAUGACUGCAUGUUUCAUUUAAUUACAAUGAUUCCCCUAACAUUCCUGGCAAAAAAAAGGUUAUAAAACCAGACACAAGUCAGCUCUCCCCAGGCUCGAGGGUUUCUAGGGGGCAGGGUGCAUUGCAUUAUGGGUGUGGGCAUCAGUGCUGUGGAGUCGGAGUCGAGGAGUCGGAGUCGGAGGAAAUUUUGGGCACCUGGAGUCGGAGUCGGAAGUACAAAAAACUGAAGAGUCGGAGUCGGAACAUUUAUCUCCUGACUCCACAGCCCUGACAGUGCUGUGGAGUCGGAGUCGGAGUCGGAGUCGAAGAGUCGGAGUCGGAGGAAAUUUUGGGUACCUGGAGUCUGAGUCGGAGUCGGAAGUACAAAAAACUGAGGAGUCGGAGUCGGAGUUGGAACAUUUAUCUCCCGACUCCACAGCCCUGGUGGGCAUGCACAUGCGCGACUCCCCUGCGCUCCCCCCACUUUUGGCACACAAUGGCAAAAAGAUUAGCCAUCACUGUUCUAGAGCAUGAAAUAACAGAAAAUGUAUGUUGUAGGCACACUUAAAGCAGCAGCCACUUUUCUCAGGAUUACACGGCAGAACAUAAGUACUGGAUUGGCAAUAGCUGGAGUGAUUGUACUUGCGAAGAGUAUCAAAUUGACAGCCAAAUUCACAAAUGCUUUGGAAAUACCUCCGGAAUUUAUAGACAAGAAUGUUAAGCUACGUGGACAAUUACGUCGAAUAACUGAACAAGGAUUAGAAAUUGAACAUGUCCCUAUUACCCUUCCAAUCAUUUCUUCUCUGCAGAAAAGAUGGCAUUCAAAUGGUUUGUUGCUUGUCAGGCUUGCUGGUGUGGAGUUAACAUCUGAUGGGAUAAUCUGGUUAAAAGAAGAAAUGAAACCUUCACAAAUGAUUUGGUUCCAGCUUUUGGGCAGAAAAGAAUCAGCACUUGAUUGCUUCGUAAUAGUAAAUAAGGGGAGAUUUUUCAGUAUUUGUCUAAAUGAAGAGAUCUUGCGACGGGGGCUUGGCAAGACAGUUCGUAUUGAAGGGUUGGAUCAUGAAUCCCGGAUAUACUGGAAGCUUCACAAGAGGCUACUUCAAGCAGAAAUGAAAGCUGUGAAAAAAAAGAAAGGAAUCUGGAAAGAAGAGACAUUCAUUGAAAAGCUCAAAGAACACAUGAGCAAUUAUAAAUUUAUCCAAAAAUUAAAGCAGUUUGCAACAUGGUUAAGAAUCCGGCUAUGAAAACAAUUGCUUGGAGGACCCUAAAUGGAGCAGGGAGUACAUUGUGUUAGCUUCUCUGAAAAUGAUGUAACUAAGUUCUUAAGAAGAUGAAAACAUCUGAUGCCUAUGUCUUAAGAAAAUGUACAUAUACAAUACACAUAAUUAUUGUUAAAAGUUUUAAUCUAAGCUUUUUCAUAAGGAAGAACACUCUUUAGGCUGUCUAACUCCCCCAGAGGAAAAAGCACAAAAUAUAACGUGAAGAUAAAGUAAAUAUGGAAUUACUGGUGAUGUAUUUUACAAAGAUGGCAUGCAACAGGGCAAAAAAAAAAAAAAAAAAAAAAAAAGCAAGGACUGAUCUCCAUUAUUACAUUUUGUGCAAAAAAUUGGUCAGCUUUUUUAUGAUAGGGCAGCCAUAAUGCUGAUGUUUGACCUUCUAAAUGCUGAAUUUGGCUUCAUUUGGGAGACGGCUUUCUGGCUUCAGUUUAUGACUGCAGCAUUAUUUAAUGCUCUUGUGACAAAUCGUCCAAUUUAGGUUCAUACUGGCACUGGUUAAAGAUGAUUAGCUAAUAAUUAUGUAAAUUAGCCCCAUAAACAUUGUGGAUUUUGUGCUGUCUGUUCUAGAGGUGGUUCUUAAUGGGUAUCAAGAUACUACCCACAUUCUAUAAAUAUCAAAGUGUAGCAAUUGCAAUUCUUGGUUCGUUGCUCCUAUAACUAUACCAGGUUUCUUUCAGAAAAGGUAGAAAUUAUACCAGCCAAACUAUCUUAUCUGUACAUGGUAUAUUGUCUCUGUGGUCUGUGUCCGUUGGCUUUAUUCCUUUGUUCUGUUCAUUUCUCUUUACUUUGUGAUGCUACAGGGAAGAAUUAAAUACAGCUGCCUGUAUAAUAAUUUGUUUAUCAAAGAGAAUAGCUAAUUUCAGAGAGACCAAUAUGUUCAAGAGUCAGUAUUACUGCUUAUGUUUUAUAGAUAUUCUAACAUUUUAAGGGACGAAGAAGGAAGUGACAUUGAAAUUAUAGACUUGUGCUCAAGGCAAGUUUGUGUUGGAUUUGAAUGUAAAGAUUAAUUGACCUGAUCAUAAGAUGUGAUCACAUGAAUAGAUUUACUUUGGUAGAACAUUAUGUAUUACUUUGUGUUCUGAACCACUUAUUUAAAUGCUUAACUAGCACUUGACAACAUUUUGAAUGGUCUUGCCAAUGUAGGUAAUAUAUAGAGAGAAUAUAUCUACAUUGACAAUUAAAUCUUAUAGAAAUAUUUUUUUUUUUGCUGAUCUGUAUUGUCUUAAAAUUAGUUCAAUACAAAGCAAUAUGUAUUCCUUAAAUAUCAAUAUAUGAAAUGCAGUUCUUCAAUCUAUUAGUAGAAAGACGACUUUGCCUGUAUUCACACUCCAAAUUAAAUAAAGUAGGGUUAGAUAAAUUUGUGUAAAAUUAGACAUUGUGGGUUAUGAACUGUUUGAUGGUUUAGUACAGUAUGUAAAGUUAGCUUGUGGUUUAUUCAACAAACUCUGCAUAAGGGAUCUGUGCUCAACUAGCUUGCUCUUGUGGUUAAAGGCACCAGGCUAGAAAAUAAGAGAUCGUGAGUUCUAGUCCUGUUUUAGACAUGAGAGCCAGUUAGGUGACAUUUUGGGCCAGUGACUCUCCAGUCACUGAGACAGAGAGAGUGACUACUUCAAGGUCACCCAGCUGGCUUUGUGCCUGGGGUGGGACUAAAACUCACAAUCUCCAGUUAAUCACUAUACCCGAGUGGCUCUCUUGGGUAUAAUAUGCCCAAUGCGUUUUUCAUUGUCUUUAGGGAUAAGGUUAUCUCAUUCUUCUCAUAGAAUAUGUUUAAAGUGUGUUAUUCAGUUAAAAAACAGUCUUCAGAUCUGAAUGAUGACUUAAAGAGAUCUUAUGAGUAUUAAAAACCUGUCUUAAGAAUGGAACCAGGUAUUAAGAUCUGUAGAUUUAUUUUCCAGGCCCACAGCUCUGUGAAUUGCUAGCGUAACUUCCACCACGAAUAAAACCUUCCUAAUAAUUUUAAAUACAAUCCUGUUGUUCUACCUGAUUUAAAGCAUAGCUUUUAAAAAGUGCAUUUUAUAUUGAAGAAUGACAUUAAAUCCUGAUUUCUGUCUUCAA